GUCACAAGUAGUACUUGACAUGAGUUCAGCCACGAAGUCGGUGCGAUUUGCGGAGUGCCGCUCGGGACGAAGAGGGCUGGCGAUCACCCCGGGUCAGUCCCGGGAUCCUGGACGCCCACGACACCGUCGCUCGUUCUGUGCAAAGGAUGGUCACCGAUCUGAUCGGCUCUCUGUCUAAAGCACAAACAUCUAUCACGCUUUUGAAUGGACACUCGGUUCCCUGGAAUGAUUGGGACAGCUUGAACCGAAGGACAGUGACGGGGAUUCCCCGCUGGCGGAUUGAGGGUGACAUCAGUCACUUUUAGUGAAAGCAUUUCAUUUAGUUAUCCAGUAAGGGAGCGAAGGGACUGUAAUUCAGUCCGAGUUGAGAGAGUGGCCCCACCUCCUUUAAUUGACCUGUUUUAUAAACCGAGCCGCCGGGAGUUUGAGUGAUCGAACCAGUCUCUCCCCGGAGAUCUGGUCGCCAGGAGCGAGGCGACAUGGGGAGCAGUUGUAGGGGCGUGUGCGGGACCUGGUGCAUCUCUUGGGUCGUGUUUCUGCUCGGCCAGUCUCUGUUGCUCUGGCGCCCGGUGGAAGGAGCCUUCAGCUGGCGCCAGCUGAGCGGAUCCGACUCGGUCCCUGGAAAGCUCCGCUCCGGAUCAGCAGAAGUCAAUUCCGGUAACAGCAGCUUCGCAGUUGUCGAUUUCAAAUGGAAUCAUGUUCAGAGUCCAUACUUCAUCUCAAUCUGGAUACUGGUGGCCAGUCUCGCCAAAAUUGUUUUCCACCUGUCUGAAAAAGUCACCUCUGUGGUUCCAGAGAGUGCCCUGCUGAUUGUGUUGGGUCUCAUCCUGGGAGGAAUAGUGUGGGCAGCCGAUCACACUGCCUCCUUCACUUUAACGCCGACUGUCUUCUUCUUCUACCUCUUGCCACCUAUCGUAUUGGAUGCCGGAUACUUCAUGCCCAACCGACACUUCUUUGGCAACAUUGGAUCAAUUCUCAUGUACGCUGUCAUUGGCACGAUUUGGAAUGCUGCAACUACGGGCCUCUCCCUCUAUGGAGUCUUCUUGUCUGGUAUCAUGGGAGAUCUCAAGGCUGGCCUCCUGGAAUUCCUUCUGUUUGGAAGCCUGAUUGCUGCAGUUGACCCAGUGGCUGUAUUGGCUGUGUUUGAAGAGGUUCAUGUGAAUGAAGUGUUGUUCAUCAUUGUCUUUGGAGAAUCUCUUCUUAAUGAUGCCGUCACUGUGGUACUGUACAACGUUUUUGAUUCAUUUGUUGCAGUUGGAGCAGGGAAUAUUCAAGGCCUGGACUAUUUCAAAGGCAUAGUUUCUUUCUUCGUUGUAAGUUUGGGUGGAACUGCCAUCGGUGUCAUCUUUGCAUUCCUGUUGUCCCUGGUAACCAGAUUCACCAAGCACGUAAGAGUGAUUGAACCAGGAUUCGUCUUUGUGAUCUCAUAUCUCUCCUACCUCACUGCCGAGAUGCUUUCUCUUUCUGCCAUUUUAGCAAUCACAUUCUGUGGCAUUUGCUGUCAGAAGUACGUGAAGGCCAACCUCUGCGAGCAAUCCAUCACCACAGUCAGAUACACAAUGAAAAUGCUGGCGAGCGGUGCAGAGACCAUCAUCUUCAUGUUUCUGGGAAUCUCUGCCGUCAACGCUGACAUAUGGAAAUGGAACACUGCCUUUAUACUGCUCACGCUGGUCUUCAUCUCUGUUUACAGAGUCAUUGGUGUUGUAGUUCAGACCUGGAUUUUGAACCAUUUCCGUGUGGUGCAGUUGGAGAUCAUAGAUCAGGUGGUGAUGUCAUACGGGGGACUACGUGGAGCUGUGGCAUUUGCUCUGGUAGCAUUGCUGAAUGAAAACAACGUUCAAGAGAAAUCUCUAUUUGUCAGUACAACUAUCAUUGUGGUGUAUUUUACAGUCAUCCUCCAGGGUCUGACAAUCAAACCUUUGGUGAAGUGGCUGAAAGUAAAGAGGAGUGAGCAGAAAGAUCCUUUACUCAAUGAGAAGCUCCACGGAAGAGCAUUUGAUCAUAUCCUCUCUGCAAUAGAAGACAUCUCAGGGCAAAUUGGACAUAAUUAUCUUCGAGACAAGUGGACUAACUUUGAUAGGAAAUAUCUGAGUAAAAUCAUGAUGAGGAAAUCUGCACAGAUUAGUCGGGAUAGAAUCCUCAGCGUUUUCCGUGAGCUGAAUCUGAAGGAUGCCAUCAGUUACGUGUCUGAGGGAGAGCGGCGAGGGUCCUUGGCUUUUAUACGUUCGAGUAGCGAUGUUAAUGUUGACUUCACUGGUCCUCGUCAGUCUAUUGUAGACUCAUCUGUCUCUGCGGUGCUGAGAGAGAGUACCAGUGAGGUGUGCUUGGACAUGCAUGCUCUUGAAAACAGGGUGAAGAGCCAAAAGCAUCGUGAGGAAUCAGUCACCCACCGCAUGUUGCAGCAACAUCUGUACAAACCCAGGCAACGAUACAGGCUUAAUUAUAGCCGCCAUAAACUAAUGCGUAAUGAAGAUGAGAAGCAAGAUAAAGAGAUUUUCCAGCGGACCAUGAAAAAGAGACUUGAAAAUUUCAAAUCCACCAAACUUGGAACCAAUUACAACAGCAAAUUUAGGAACUUAAAGAAAGAAAGAACAGCGAAGAAGAAACACAGUGAUGCAAUGUCAAAUGGAAAGAUCCCAACACACACUAUUGCAUUCCAUGUUGAUAAAGACUCUGACAUAGAGGACCAUUACGAAACAGUGGAGGGAGGAAUUAGUUUUCUAAUUACUCCGCCAAGUGCAGAACGCGAUGAAACAAGAAAUGGAAUCGAUAACCCAAGCUUUACUUCUGAGGAGGAUCAGUCAAUUGUCCAUAUGACUCCACCGUGGUUGACCAGUGAAGAAACAGUCAUUCCGUCUCAGCGGGCGCGUUUACAACUUCCAAGGAGUCCCAACAACUUCAGGCGCCUUGUACCUUUGCAGCUCAGCAGCCGAUCCAUUGAUUCAUUUUUACUAGCAGACAUAUCGGAGGAGCAUCCUUUGUCUUUCCUACCCGAAUCAUCAAUGUAACACCAAGACAAUCCCAAGUCCCCCUCCAUUACCUAGCCCUUCUAACCUGGACGAGAAACUCUUUUCCUGGAAAGAUGAACAAGCAAGCCAAAAUGAUUCAAGUGCUGAAAGGCCCUCGAGGGUCUUCCCAUCUUAUCUCCAGAAGAACUGGGUGCAGAACUAUUCCUCGCUGGAAAACAUCGAAUCCCAGGUGCCCACUAUUUCAGAACAUGUGGCUGCACAGGAGGAAGAUUCUACUGAAACUGUUUCAAAAGCACCUGUUGAUAAGGUCAGUGAAGCAGACCUCAAUGAAGACGACCAGCUUCCUCGUCCUGACAGCAAAGAACUCGAAGCAAAAGUGCAAUACACUGAGACAAUUAAUGAAGAGGCAGAGGACAGUAGUCCAAAGGACCAGGUGGCACAGGAGCAGAAGCCAUUGAUCAGUAAAGACACUAAGAUGCACUCUGCAGCAGCCAAGCGGGUGCAGAAUCGUCGUUCUUUCCACCGACCCAAGCCUUUGCGCUACCCAGUUCUCCAGAAACUUGGGUCUCUCCCAGUCUCUUGCCACAUUCCGCCUCAUUCCUUGGAACAAGAAGAAACACAGUUUUAAGCACAACAGUCCAUUGCUUCACCAGCAAAAACAUAUAAAGCCUGUUAAAUAGCCAACUAUCAUCUGGUUAUGCCAUUCAAACCUCAGUGAAGCUCCUCAACAGUGCACAAAUCUUGAUAAUUGGAGCGCUCCAUUUAGAAAGUGAUAUCUGUCACUUUCUACUUAUAAAACACAUUUACUUCUACAGGAGUCUUAAGGGAACAAAUCUUGAAAAUGCAGAAAUUUUUCCUCUUCAAAUUUUAAUGGGGGGCAUAGCAGUUUAUUUCAAGAUGUUUUUCUGUCUUAUUUUCAAUUUAUUAUUUUAAGGUAUUUUUGGCUUUGUUGCCAAUUGGGUUUUCAUUCUUGUCUUUAAAGUAUCAUUUAUUACAUACGUGCAAUUCUAAUUAGUGACAAAGUGCGGUAAAACCAAUGAGCUGUGGAAGUUAACCACCCAGUUAUCUCUGGGAGAAAUGGUGAAAGGUUUCUUUUAAAAAAAAACACUAUAAAAUUUAAGGUGAUAUUUGGAUAAAUAGAUGAUAUUUAGGCUGUGAAAUUUGAAUAAAUGUUCACAUUUUGGUGACAGUAUUGAGGGAAAAAUGAAGGCAUAUGUAAAUUUCUGUGAUAGGCUUUAGCAAAGACAUGUUUAAAGUUAUUUCUCCUGGCCAAAAUUUGAGAAUUAUCAUUUCAAGCUACAAUGGAAGUUAAAAUUGUACGAUGUGAGUUGAACGUAUUUUUUUAAUGCUGCAAGGAUUUCUAAACACUUCAUCCAAAUUGGACUUGUAUUUGUGCUUUGGAACACGAGAAAAUGUUGUUGUGCAUGUGAAAUGGGUCUUACUGACUACCAAAAGUAGUUCAUGCGCUCUUCCCUUUUCUCUACCCAUUAUGGUGAAAGGAAUCUAGAUAUUCUUGCCCAAAUAUAGCUGCUCUGAAGUUUAACUAUUAGUAAGAGCCUGAUAGUAAAACUGGAGAGUGUUUGUGGCAGAAAUUAUUUUCACUCCCCACCCAACCCCUCAUUCCCCCCCCACCUCCGAUUUUCCCCUCACAGGUGCUAAAGCAAUACAAACGUCAUGGGUUUAACUCACAGUUGUGAAUGCCAAUGAAAAUAGGGCACAUGAAACAAAGCCAAGGCCAUCAAGGUUUAAUUUUCCACCUGCCUCACUUCUUAACCCUUCACUCUCCCAAGUCGCUGAAGUUGUAUGGUGAUUGACUCAAGCCGUAUAGUUGUAGAAUAAUGUUCCAACAAGAGCCAACUGCUGUUUUCUUAAGGCAUAAACUUUUAAUAAAGACAUUUGCCACGUGGAUCAAAUGACAGUGAGAAUUUGCAAACUAUGCUGUUAUGUUCUCUGCUUUAGUGAUACAAUAUGAGGCUUACGAUAUGAAGUAACUCUAAAUUGCCACGGUUGAACUCCAGCCUCAUGAGGUGCGUAGGAUUUCACUGAGGUACCCAUCAGAUACAGUUAAAAUUGGGCAUCCAUCAUAAAAGGAAUAAUUCAAUUCAUCUGUAUAAUUACUUACAGUGUAUAUUGUACACAACAGAAGUAAUUUCCUGCAUUAUUCAGUGUAAAAUAAUAGACAUUAUAUGUGAAUGAUUACUGUGAUACUGCCUUGGUAAGCCUGAUCCUUUAGUAUGUCAAUGGUUUUUCAUUUUUUCAUUAAAUAUUUUAUAAAUUUCAUUUCUUUCACUCCCUUUUGUCGAACAAUGGUAUACAUUGUCAGUGUCUAUUGGAACACUUCAGUGUGUUGUUAAGUCACACUGUAAAUAGCAAGAUCUGAUGGGCUGAACUUUAAAUGCUGGUUCUUUGGAGGUGAUAGUACUGGGUAAAGAAAAUGUUUGACUUCAGUGAGGGCUCUGAAGUGGAGCAGGCUCAUUUGUCCCUUUUUACCCCUAUCUUCCAUGUGCCAGCCAAUCAAACAUUGUAUAUAUUCCAAAUCUGCCAGUUUGGUCAUGUACAUUCAUGUCUUUCUCAAUUCUGGUUAAUUUGUCUUCCAUAUGUUUUAUAUUUGUUGAUUAAUACUGCAUUUUGUCUAAAGUUUUACUAGUUCUUGUUGCGAGUAAAAUAUAUUUUAACUUUAAAAUAAAAUUUUAAAAGGAAA